AUGGCCCUCUACUACGUCUAUGUCCGCCUCAACCUGGCCUCAACGGGCGACAAGAACCUCUGCCACUAUCGCUACAUCCUGACAUGCGCCUCACGCUACCAGGCCGACGAGUACUUCCGCGCUUUCGAGGAGCGCAUGCGGCUCAAGCGGAUCUCAGCCCAGUUCUGGGAGUAUGAAAUCGAAGAGAGCCUGUGGAAUACCAUCACGAAAGCAUCCAAUGUCGACAGCUCCAUUUACAAAGGUAUCAUGCUCUCGAAUCUCCCGGACAUGGGGGAACGCAAUGGAUUUGUGCAGGUCCCGGCGGAGGCCGGCCGCGACUGGAUCAGUGGCCGUGCCUACUUCAUACGCAAUGUGCGGCAGCCGGAUAUCUACUGGUAUCAUCCUGCGGGAGGAGAGGACCAGAUCUUGGCGUCGAGGUGGCAGAAGACAAAGUUCUUUGUGAGGCUUGCGGAGGCGGAUGAGAAUCAGACGGGGACGGUGCUGAUUAGGAGUGAUCGGAUACGGAUUUCGACGGUGUCGCCGCAGGCGAAGGGGAAGGUGGUGAGGAUGGGGGAGGGUAAUAGGAUGGUCAUGGUUAAGCCGUCGGCAGCAUCGGUGGCGGUGGCGGGGAGUGAUAAGGACUUUAGGUUUAAGGACUUAUUGGGGAGCUUUGGAACGGAGUGGGAGUGUAAGAACGGGGAGCCGUAUGAGUAUGUGACGUGGGGGGAUCCGUCAGUGAUGCACUUGGAUGAUUGGGAGCUCUGUUGA